GCACGUUUGCAAGUUUAUGUAACCAAUCUCGCGCAUGAAACAUGCUCAUACUGCAUUACACAACUUUCGUACUGUCAACUUAAACAACCAUAGUAUAGUCUAUGUCGUUUGUUCUCCCGUCGUUUUACACGUGUAGUUGUUACCUUCUCUCUACUACCUCUGUCAAGAGGACAAGGUCCGUAAUGACAUAGGAGAUCCUCUUGAAACUGUUGGACAGAUCCUUUGUAUCGAACCCUGCGCUGCCUUAUGAUGCAUGAUUAUUACAUCAUGUCGCCUGGACAAUCUAGAAGGGAAAAUAGCUAAAGGAAGCCUUUUUGGAAUGAUAAUAUUCUCAUACAUACAAACUACCCACAAAGAAACUAAGAGAGUCACCUACUCCAAGCAGUGUAGAGGGGGAAACCAACUACUGCAGCGCCAUGGCUGACCCAAAGCUGGCUGACCCAAAGCUGGCUGAACUAAGAGACGGCAUGGCAGAUUUUACAGUUCAGACGGCCAAGCACUCCAACCCUCCAAUCUCCUCCACUCCCCUGCGGCCUCCCAGCGAACAGCAGUCCAAGGACCGGGCCUCCAAAAGGCAUUCCUCCGAGUCCAACGGGACCAGCGAGGGUGGAGCAGGGUCGCGGACGCCCGUGGAGAUAACCGCACUGGAGGAGUCGUUCCGGCGCUUCGCCAUCCACGGCGACACGCGUGCCACAGGAAAGGACAUGCAUGGCAAGAACUGGUCCAAGCUGUGCAAGGACUGCGGCGUCAUCGACGGAAAAACUGUCACCCUCACGGACGUGGAUAUUGUCUUCACUAAAGUCAAGAAGAAAUCCUGUCGCACCAUCACGUUUGACGAGUUCAAGGCAGCGGUGGGAGAGCUGGCCAGCAAGAGAUUCAAGGAGAAAACGGGAGAGGAGGCAGAGGGGGAGGUGUUCAGGAUGAUUGAGGGGAAGAAACCAGUCAUUAAAGGAGUCACGAGAGCGGUGGCUUCUCCGACCGUAUCUCGUCUGACGGACACGACCAAGUUCACUGGGUCACACAAGGAGCGUUUUGACGAGAGUGGCCGUGGGAAGGGGAAGGCAGGUCGCGUGGACAUGGUGGACACAUCGGGGUACGUCGCCGGAUACAAACACCUCGGGUCAUACGAGAAGAAAGUCACCAAGCCCACCGGGCCCCCUGGAGCCGGGCACUCUGGAGGAGGGCCCCCUGGAGGAGGGCCCCCUGGAGCCGGGCACUCUGGAGGAGGGCCCCCUGGAGCCGGGCACUCUGGAGGAGGGCCCCCUGGAGCCGGGCACUCUGGAGGAGGGCCCCCUGGAGCCGGGCACUCUGGAGGAGGGCCCCCUGGAGCCGGGCACUCUGGAGGAGGGCCCCCUGGAGCCGGGCACUCUGGAGGAGGGCCCCCUGGAGCCGGGCACUCUGGAGGAGGGCCCCCUGGAGCCGGGCACUCUGGAGGAGGGCCCCCUGGAGCCGGGCACUCUAGAGCCAAACCAGUGUGAGGAAAGUAGAAAGAAACAAACAAACAGAAACAUAAGACCAACUACGAGGAUAAUAAUGUUCUAAAGAAAGAACUCCAUGAAAGCACAACAAAAAGAUAGGAUUUCAUAUUUUCUCACCCAUCUUGUUUUCUUUUUGCGAGUGGGAUGUUUUGAGUUCCUCUCUUUUUUGUUGUGUGUGAGAACUGGAAAACUGUUUACAUCAAUUUUUACAGCUGGUACAUUCCUAACAGAUAGCAAGUUACUGCCAAAUGUUAAAUGAACCCACCAACCAACAAGGGAAACCAACUGCUCUGCAUUUCCUGAAACCUCUUUAUUAUGAUAGGGCCUUGACAUCUGUAUUAUAAGCACUAUGAAUAACACCAUGCCAAGAAAAACACAUGAAAGGGUUCGCCAAAUUAUUUAACAUGAUUGCACUUUGCUUAAGAUAGGCCAUAGCUUCUUUUCCCAUUUUUAGUUGAAGAAAUACAUCCUUAAUUUCAUACUUUUUGAGUUAAUUGAAUGUUUAUUGGCAUAAACUGGUGAAGUAGAUAUACUGGUAGGUUGUUAUAUUGAUCAAACCAUCUUCAAUAUCAACUUUCUGCCUUUCCUCUGGUCAAUGAAGUCUGCUGUCUUCAUCUACUGGCUGUCUGUUCUCCUUUAUACUUCAUCAUAGUUUACACAUAUUGACGACUACAUAGUUUGCCUUCAAUUGUUCUUAAAAUAACUAAACCUUGAACAGGAUAUGUAGGAUAUAAGGAUAUAAGUUCUGUGUCUUCCUGUCUUUAGCUACGUAUAUCAUAUGAAUAAUGAUAACAUUUUAUUUGUGUUCAUUCUACUGUCAGAUACCAAGUUUGUUAUCUAUGAGUCUUAACUUCCCUUUCUUGUGAAUCUUGCUUUUAUCAACGUUCUGUGACGUUACAUCGGUACUGUACCUUAUGUAUUUACAACACAAGGAGAAGAAUAAUGCUAGAAUUAUUUGAUAUCCUAAGGCCACGUCUUGUCUGGUUCAUUCUGAAACCCUCAUCAAUUAUUUACACCCAACAUAUUAAAUAAGAUAAUAGGUAAAUGACCCUGAAAUUAUUAUCCCUAAUCAUUAAUCUAAAUCACACACACCGAUUUGAUAACGCUCCACAAUUUGUUCACACUAUGUCGGUUGUAUUAGCUGGACCUCUGAAACUAAGAGGUGAGCUGGGUUGUUCAGGUUUGUACUUUUCAAUAUUUAACUGAUUUAUAUUGCCAUCAGAUUUGUCUAGUUGUAACAUAUUGUUGGUAAGAGAGUGUAUAUUUCUAAACAUGUGGCUGCAUGGCUUCAUUUAAGACACUGACUGCCUUCCUGAUUUUCUUGUCUUGCUGUAUCUUAUGCAUGAAGUCAUGGAAUGCUACUACUGUACCGUUAACAAUAGGAAACAGACAACAUAUUUCAGAUGUCUCAUUUCAACUGCUGUGUUAGUGACUCGGUUAUAGUGACUUGCUCUGCUCCUGCAUUCUGGCAGAGUAGUCAGACCACUGGAAUUAAAACUUAAACAACUUCACUUUGACAAGAGGACCAAGUUGUGGUUAAAUUGUGUACAGAGUGUUCAGAGAUCCUAUAAAUGACUAUGUAUAGACUAAGAAUAUCAAAGGGGACAUUUGUGGCCAAGGAGUUGGGUGACAUUAUCAGGUGAUAUUAUCAUUGACCGUAGAUGCUAAAAAAUCAAUAGCUUGGUGGAACCAGCCUGAUCGCUGCGUUCACUAUGAAAUAGAAUGAUGAACCAGCCUGAUCGCUGCGUUCCCUAUGAAAUAGAAUGAUGAACCAGCCUGAUGGCUGCGUUCCCUAUGAAAUAGAAUGAUGAACCAGCCUGAUCGCUGCGUUCCCUAUGAAAUAGAAUGAUGAACCAGCCUGAUCGCUGCGUUCACUAUGAAAUAGAAUGAUGAACCAGCCUGGUCGCUGCGUUCACUAUGAAAUAGAAUGAUGAACCAGCCUGGUCGCUGCGUUCCCUAUGAAAUAGAAUGAUGAACCAGCCUGAUCGCUGCGUUCCCUAUGAAAUAGAAUGAUGAACCAGCCUGAUCGCUGCGUUCCCUAUGAAAUAGAAUGAUGAAUCAGCCUGAUCGCUGCCUUCACUAUGAAAUAGAAUGAUGAACCAGCCUGAUCGCUGUGUUCCCUAUGAAAUAGAACCAUGAAAUAGAAUGAUGAACCAGCCUGAUCGCUGCGUUCACUAUGAAAUAGAAUGAUGAACCAGCCUGAUCGCUGCGUUCCCUAUGAAAUAGAAUGAUGAACCAGCCUGAUGGCUGCGUUCCCUAUGAAAUAGAAUGAUGAACCAGCCUGAUCGCUGCAUUCACUAUGAAAUAGAAUGAUGAACCAGCCUGAUCGCUGCGUUCACUAUGAAAUAGAAUGAUGAACCAGCCUGAUCGCUGCGUUCCCUAUGAAAUAGAAUGAUGAACCAGCCUGGUCGCUGCGUUCCCUAUGAAAUAGAAUGAUGAACCAGCCUGAUCGCUGCGUUCACUAUGAAAUAGAAUGAUGAGCUAGCGAUCAUACUGGUUCCACCAGGCUACAAAAUCAAAUGCCAGCAAUUUGAAUUGUGUCAAAUGGAUGCAUAUCAAACUAGAAGUUUUCACAUUCUAAAUGAAAAAGACUGCUGUGGCAUAGAUACUACAGUUAGGUACAUAUGACUAGUGACUUCAUCAGUAUUGUUUGUGACCCUUGAACUCUUGUCUUUGCAGAAGGUUUAGAGAAACCCUUUUAGUGUAAACACUGUUGUCCUGACACUUUCCACGGCACACAUUCAAUGGAAUACAAAAGGCAGGGUAAUAUAGUAGUGUAAUAUUUGAUGGACAUACUGUAUGAGGUGAAGGGGAUGAACAAAGAAGUAGACUUUUGUAGGACAUGUAUUUUUCCAGCAUAAUGACAUCCUGUUGCUUUCAUACUGGUCACCCUACCUUAGCCUCUGCUGACCAAUAAGACUCAUGCGUUGAUUGAGAUCAACACCUGUUAACCAGUGGAAUCGUAGUCGCUUUAGUACGAUUUGUCUUGUGUGGUUAAUGCCAAAUACUGUGCACCCUUUCGUGUGGAGAAGCAAUACCGUCUUAUUUUUUCAAAAAAUAACUUGUUAAUGUACUAUUAUUGUGACCUGGUGCAUGCUUUGUGUUUUGGUUCUUGUUCUCGAGACCUGUGUUCAUGAUUUGUAGCAUUGUGGAAAAUAAAAACUCCCCAUCCUGAAGAA